GAAAAACAUAUUCCAGCACUCUUCUUAUGCUUUUCUUAUUACUUCCUUAAGACAAGCUCUGUAUGAAGCAGAAUCUAUACUUGGUAUUAACUUGGUGGAUGCCGAUAAACUCUGAUGUUUGUAAUUCCCCGUAUCCUGAGCCUACAACAUUGUGUUCCUUCUCGUAUCUGCCAGCCAUAAAUUCUUCUUAAUUCCACCCCCUGCCCUUGUAUUGAUUUCUGGUCAAUUUGAAUUGAUUGCCUUCUGCUUAGUGUUUCUGGUUGGCUCUGGAACUGUGAAGGACAGAGGCAGCUCCCAUCCUGGAAGCUGGAGAGCAGGGAGAAGGUCAUGGCUGAUGGCAAGCAAGAAUGAGCAUUAAUUUUAAAGGUCAAUUUUCAUUAAAAAUACAGCACUGCAUCCUAUUAUACUGAGCUGCUGUGCAGACCCAUGCUCACUCCUGGGAUAAAGUUUGCAGAAGGACUGUGCCUUCUGCAGUGGAAUCCAGGUCUGAGCAAUGGUUCCCCUGUCCUGGGAACGACAAAAGCCUUUGGUUCCCCAGAGCUGUAUGUGUGGCAGGAAAGAGCUGUCAGAAUCACACUCCUAAACUGUGGUUGCAGUAUUGUAAAGAACCGCAAUGGGGAAAAUUAAUGGAUUUGUAUAGAAGGGAACAGUUUGAGAAACUCAUGCCAAACCUGUUUAAUUAUUUUGUAGAGUCAGAACGAAUGCUUACAUCCCUAUACCAAAAGGAUAUGAUUGGCAAUCUAUGAUCAACACACUUAAGUAUUUUUCUUACAUUAAAAUGUAUAGUUCUGAAUUUUUAUCCCAAAGUUCCAGAUAAAAGUAAGUACCGUAUUUCCUCUGGGAAAAGAAAUUCUAAUUCUUAAUUGCUUUUAAUUCUGAGGUUCUCUUAACUUUGUAGCGUUUUUAGGACUGCUGAAGUAUUUUAUCAUUUAGGGUUAUGGAUAAUUUUGAAGUCCUUUCAUGUCUCCACGCACAACAAACACCUUUAACAUUUGUUUAGGGCCAUCUGAAUUGUCUCAGACUCCUGAGAAGUUUCUGCUUGUUAAAUUUGAAGGAUUAAUUUUCAUUUUCACUUUAACUGAAAGCACUCAGAAUUUCACAUGUUGGUUUGUGUGUGUGUGUGUGUGAACUGUUUGCAUCUUUAUUUUAGUUAAUUUUCAAAAAGCAGCAAGUUUCUGGGAAAUAGGAACAGCUUUAAUUUUCUUCCUCAAGACACAAUAAUAAAGACUGAAGUGCAGUUCUGCACUCUGACUGUGGAAGCACUUUGGCACACAUGAUUCUGCUUUUAAAAUGUGAGGGGUCCUCUGUGGUAUGGAAAUACUCAGACAUUUAAGUGUUUGCAAACCUACUCAUAGGUUUGCCCAGGUUUAUUUAUAAAGUAGCAAUGGAUCUCUUUAUUUUGUGUUUGUGGCCAAAAGAAGCUGUAACAUCUCUGGCCCUGAUGCUCAUUUACUUUAAUGUCCCCUUAGCAGGCUCUGGCAGCAGAAGGGAGCCUUAAAGUAGGUGUGAAUUACAUCCUAUCCCACUUGAAGUUUAAAAAUAAAUCAAAGAAGGGCGGCUGGCAGUAUUUUGUAAGGCUCCUUGCCUUACUCACCCUUCACCUCCCACUAGGAACUAGGAUUGGCUUGCAGUGGAGCUGACUAAUGUCUGUGCUCUUUGCUAGAGGACCCUCUCAAAGGGCUUUACUCCAUCUGAACAAGACCACAUCCUGUUACUUUCAGUGCAGGCGGGAAGAACCCUGCCCCUGCUGAAACUUUAAAAAAGGGGAAGCCCUAUUCUGGACCUAUGCUAGCUGCUUUGUAUGAAGCCCUGCCAGGUUUGGAGUGUGGGGUCUGUCUGAUAUGCCAAAGGGUGGAGAGCACCUUGGAGAGGGUGACAGCUGUGCAGAAUCACUGAGCUCUUCUGGCAGAGGAGCCUGGACGCAGACAGGAGACUGAGGAUUACUUCUUCUGCCCCUCUCCAGCUCGAGCAGAGAUGCGGAGUGCAGCUGGAUGCACAGAGCCAAUAGCAGGAAAUGAUAAUCUGACCUCUGCCAGCUCUCCCUCCUCUACGUUACCUACACGCUCCACAUCACUCUCACCUCCAAGCAUCACUGCAGGAGCUCAGCCAGCAGCAACUGGUGCCUCUCCCGCAGCCAGCACACACCUCUCCAUGCACUCAGGCUCUGGCCUGACCACGGGACUCAGCCACUCAGAGUAUAGCAGCCCUGCUGCCCUCACCACACGCACUCUCACUGCCUUUCAUCCAACUGCAUCAGAUAAUUACAGUUCAACAUCCUUGCACAGCACCACUUCACCAGUCAUCUUGUCAGCAAGCACUGAGACCACCCCCACUAGCACAAUAGAAAGUACUAAAACAGUGACAGAAGAACCUUGUGAUAAUGAAGUUGAUGAUGUGAUUAUAGUAGACAGGAAUGGCUCAGCUGAAGUUACGCUAAAGAAUCUCAAAGGAAACAGAGAAUAUGAUAUUUUGGGGAAGCCUGGGGAGAGCUCAAAAGUGAAUGCCAGCAACAACAAAGCAGUGCUUAAGUGGUGCAGAAGAUAUACAGUUAGAUCUGCUAAUUGCAAUGACAUGCAUCUUACUAUUCCACCUGAUGAAAAAAGGUAUACUUUUAAUGCCCUGAACAUUGAAAGCAACUCCGCAACACUGCCCCUAAACUCUUUAUUUAGCGACUGUGAAGGUGACAAUCCUAAUGUGACUGUUAGCUGCAAAACAGAUUCCGGAAAUUUAGAAGACAUUGGGGAAUUAAUUAAUAACCACAUAUUGAUAAAGGAUUUAUUACCCGACAGUGAGUACAUCUGCAGUGUUACAGUACGCUUCUUUGAAAAGAACUUUACCAAAGAAAGUAAAAUAACCACAGAUUACAAUGCUCCAAAAGCACCAGAAAACCUCACAAUGCAUCCUACUGCCAGAAACGUAACAAUUGUGUGGAUGAGACCUACCAACACACCAGAAAAACAUAUAGAUGGCUAUAUUGUGAGAUGCAAUUACACUAAUGAAUACAACGUUUCCGUGAAUGAGAGCAGCUUUACUUGUGAUGAUUUAGAACCUUAUGCUGAUGGCUUUGUUUCUGUAAGAGCAUAUAAAAAAAGCAAGCAUGGGAAUAAAACCUUUUUGGGCGAACCAGCGGGAGAACACUUCAAAACAAAACCAGCAAAACCAGAGAAAGUGACUGAGUUCAAACUGAAAUUGCUGGCUGACAAUGCUGUCCAAGUUGCCUGCAGAAGUCAAAAAGUGUAUGGAAAUGAAACAAAAUUUGAAUUGUCUUGGAAUUCCAGCAGCAAAAGUGAUGAGAGGAAGAGUAAGAAUGAAUGCAAUUUUAUAAUAAAAGAUCUCUCUUACUUGACAAAAUAUACGUUUAAGAUCUCUGUGUUUAAUGGAGUAUAUACAGGAGACUCAGUAUAUGAGGAAAUAUAUACCAGAUAUAACUCGAGGGCCUUGAUUAUAUUCUUGGUGUUCUUGAUUGUUGUGACAUCAAUAGCUUUACUAUUGGUUCUGUAUAAAAUCUAUGACCUUCACCAAAAAAAGCUUAGCAAUUCUUCUGAAGUCAUCAGCCUUGUAGUUAAAGAUGAUGAAAGACAGCUUUUGAACAUAGAGCCAAUACCUUCAGAGAAACUGUUGGAGACAUACAAGAGGAAGAUUGCGGAUGAAGGAAGACUUUUCUUGGAUGAAUUUCAGAGCAUUCCAAGAAUUUUCACUAAGUUUUCAAUGAAGGAGGCCAAGAGGAGCCAUAAUCAGAACAAAAACCGUUACAUCGAUAUUCUUCCAUAUGAUCAUAACCGUGUUGAGCUCUCUGAGAUUCCAGGAGACCCAGGAUCAGACUAUAUCAACGCAAGUUAUGUUGAUGGCUUCAAAGAACCGAGAAAGUAUAUUGCAGCACAAGGCCCCAAGGAUGAAACCACGGAUGAUUUCUGGAGAAUGAUCUGGGAACAGAAAGCAACAAUUAUCGUCAUGGUUACUCGCUGUGAGGAAGGAAACAGGAACAAAUGUGCCCAGUACUGGCCGUCAAUGGAGAAUGGCUCUGCAACAUAUGGGGACAUUAUUGUGAAGAUCAACGAAAGUAAAACGUGUCCAGACUAUAUAAUUCAGAAACUACACAUCACAAAUGGAAGAGAAAGAACAUCUGGAAGAGAUGUCACUCAUAUUCAGUUCACCAGCUGGCCAGACCAUGGUGUUCCUGAGGAUCCACAUCUCCUUCUCAAACUUAGACGCAGAGUAAAGGCUCUCAGCAACUUUUUUAGUGGCCCAAUAGUAGUUCAUUGCAGUGCUGGAGUUGGGCGCACUGGGACCUACAUUGGAAUUGAUGCUAUGUUGGAGGGUCUGGAUGCAGAAGGCAGAGUGGAUGUUUAUGGCUAUGUUGUGAAGCUGCGCCGGCAGCGGUGCCUCAUGGUUCAAGUAGAGUCACAGUACAUCCUUAUCCAUCAAGCACUAGUGGAAUACAAUCAGUACGGAGAAACAGAGGUCAGCCUCUCAGAACUACAUUCCUAUCUUAACAAUCUGAAAAGAAAAGAUCCUCCAAGUGAACCUUCUCUGCUGGAGGCAGAAUUUCAGAGACUUCCUUCCUACAAGGGAUGGAGGACACAGAACACUGGGAAUCGAGAGGAAAAUAAAAACAAAAAUAGGAGUGCCAACACAAUUCCAUAUGAUUUUAACCGAGUGCCAAUCAGGAAUGAUGAGGAACAAAGUAAGGAGGGAGAACAUGAUUCGGAGGACUCCUCAGAUGAGGACAGCGACUGUGAAGAAUCAAGCAAAUACAUUAAUGCUUCCUUCAUAACUGGUUACUGGGGUCCAAAAUCCAUGAUUGCAACACAAGGACCACUGCAGGAAACUAUCUCUGAUUUCUGGCAAAUGGUAUUCCAAAGAAAAGUCAAAGUCAUUGUUAUGCUGACAGAGCUGAAAGAAGGGGAUCAGGAACUCUGUGCACAGUACUGGGGAGAAGGAAGACAAACAUAUGAUGGCAUAGAAGUUCAAAUGACAGAUGUCAGCUGUUGUCCUAACUACACCAUACGCGCAUUUGAUGUCACACAUCUGAAGAGGAAAGAAACACAGAAGGUAUAUCAGUAUCAAUAUCACAAGUGGAAUGGAUUGAAUGUUCCGGAAGACCCCAAAGAUUUAGUCAAUAUGAUUCUAAGCCUUAAAGAAAAAGUGCCAUCCAGACCAACCUCUGAGGACAGCAAGAACUGCCGCAGUGUCCCACUUGUCAUCCACUGCUGUGAUGGAUCACAGCAGACUGGCGUGUUUUGUGCUUUGAUGACCCUCUUGGAAAGUGCAGAAACUGAAGAAGUAAUAGAUGUUUUCCAAGUAGUAAAAGCUCUUCGUCGCAGCAGGCUGGGAGUGGUCUCCACUUUUGAACAUUAUCAAUUUCUCUAUGACACCAUUGCUCGUACCUACCCUGCCCAGAAUGGACAAAUAAAGAACAGCCAGCAAGAAGAUAAGGUUGAAUUUUGCAACGAAGUAGAGAAAAAAGAUCAGGAAACCGGACUGAUCACUAUUGACCUUACUCCACCAACUCCAGAGGGAAAUGGUGCUCCUGAAUGUUGCGAUGAUUUUAAGGCUGCAGAUACCAAUCAGGGGACAGAAAGUUCAACGAAUGGUCCCACAACUCCAGUUUUAACUUAGAUUUUUUUUUUUUUUUUUUUUUUAGUAAAAAUUGUAUUUUCAUACCAACCAAAUCAGUAAGAAACUAAAGAUUUUUUUUAUCCUCCCUUUUGGAAAGCAUUUAUAUCGGAUUUCAAAGGUACAAAUCUAAAGUGAUACUUGAAACUUAGAGAGAGUGACAAAGAACUGUGAAAGUUAAAUCUUGGUGUAGAUUUGCAUCUAAUAAUUCAAAAACCUUUUCGCCAUCUUGAUACUUUUCCAUUUUAAAACAUGUACAGUGUAAUACUAUAUUCUUAUUUUGAGCAGCAGGAAGUUUUUUCUUCACUUCUCUAAGAAGGAGAAAAGCAACUCAGUGCACCACGACAAGCAUGUUGCUAACACAGGUCUGUGUUCAAAGCUAUUAGUAAGUAAAGCAACAUAAUUGGUAAGCGUGUCUCCUAUUAUUUUAGGACUGCUGGCUAAGUGCUGCUUUAAUAAUACUCUGAGGAACUUGUGGGACUUUGGCAAACAAUUCAAGAGUGCAACGUUAACAUCAUGUGCCAGUUACCGAGACUGUGACCCUCUAACCUCCCGAAUCAACGGGGAACAGAAGUUCUGCAUUUUUCUGUCUUGCCUCAAGAUGUCCUUGUUGCUCCACGGAAAUUCAUCUGUGAUUUCAAUAUUAGAGAAGAAAGGUUGGAGAUUUAAAUGGUCACAACAGUUCUGACAGAAAACGCAUUCUGUUUAUUCUUAGAAAUGGAAAUGCUGCAUGCUCGCACGUUUAUUUCUUAUGCUUAUAUCCUGUGGUUUGAAGAGAAUACUUCCACAAAUGCACAUGACUUGUUUCCAUAGCUGGAAAAUCCUUAGAUGCUUUUCUCCAAACUGUAGAUUUUGAUUAGUGCAGGGAUUUAAUUUUAUUUUUGAGAUUUUGUACGUUAUAGCUAUGAUAAUUUUACAGUUUCUUGCUGCGUUUUAGCAAAUUAGUUAACAAAGUGAGAAUUGUUUUAUUCUGUUGAAGUCUCUUAACUGGCCAUUUUCUUCUAAAGGCACAACAUCUUGUUCUGUCCAGCAUGUGGAUUUAAAACAACAACAACAACAAAUUUCAUUAGGAAAACACACCAUUAAAUUCUUAUGAAACAAUA